UGGCUCCCAGCAUGCCGCGCGCUGCUGACAGCCUUAUAAAUAGUCGCCUUUGCGGGCGGGUGGCUGGCGAGAACGGGCAGGGCACACACUGGCCCCGGUGCCCACCCGCACCCCACCCCCAGAGCGCUGACUCGGCUCCCCGGACCUCGGCAGGAUGGAAGAGAAGCUGAAGAAAACCAAGAUCAUCUUUGUGGUGGGCGGGCCCGGCUCGGGGAAGGGCACCCAGUGUGAGAAGAUUGUCCAGAAGUACGGCUAUACUCACCUUUCCACCGGGGACCUCCUGCGGGCCGAGGUCAGCUCGGGCUCGGCCAGGGGCAAGAUGCUGUCGGAAAUCAUGGAGAAGGGGCAGCUGGUGCCGCUGGAGACAGUGUUGGACAUGCUCCGAGAUGCCAUGGUAGCCAAGGUAGACAUUUCCAAAGGCUUCCUGAUCGAUGGCUACCCUCGGGAGGUGCAACAGGGGGAAGAGUUUGAGCAGAGGAUCGGACAGCCCACGCUGCUGCUGUAUGUGGACGCAGGCCCCGAGACCAUGACCAAGCGGCUCCUGAAGCGGGGAGAGACCAGCGGGCGUGUGGACGACAACGAGGAGACCAUCAAGAAGCGGCUGGACACCUACUACAAGGCCACAGAACCUGUCAUUGCCUUCUAUGAGAAACGUGGCAUCGUGCGUAAGGUCAAUGCCGAAGGCUCCGUGGACAGUGUCUUCUCCCAGGUCUGCACCCACCUAGACGCCCUCAAGUAGCAGCGCCGGAGCCCCUUCCCCAGCUCAGAGCCCCACCCCACCCCUGUCCUGACUCAAGAACCCUGGCCUGAGCUCAGCGCCUCCGCCCUGCCCGCUGGAGCACAGACAGAGGAAGCCACUUUAUCCUGUUUUCAUGGACAGCUGAGCACUAAAGGAAUUUCCGAGGACA